AUGCACAGCGUGAGCGCGGCUGAUGAUGCAGCUGACCAUUCAUUACAGCUUGACGGCGAUCCCCAGGGCCUGAAGCGAGUGCUCGAGGCUCUCGAGGCGCACACAUGGCCAGGCCUGCACUUGAAGGCCCACCGCAAUGGCAGUAGCAACGGCAAUGGACUCGGCGUGCAUGCUGCAAACGUGUCACAGCUGCCCGGGGCGACGUUGGUGCCCUCAGCAGGAGAAGCUGAAUCGACAAACGGCAGCAGCAUGAACGGGCAGAAUGGAAUUGCUAAACUGGCUGGCAGCCAAUCUGAGGAGGAUGCAGAGCUUGAGAGCUUUGAGGUGAUGUUGGGCAGACUCUCAGAAGCGCGGGGCCAGGUCCAGGGAAUCCCUGACGAUGAGCGGCGAGCCAGAGCUGCUACAUUUGCGAUGCAGAUGCUGGAGUCACUAGGGCUGGACGAUGAUGAUGACAGUGACGAUGGUGAUGGCAACAAUGACAGCUUCAACUAAGUGUUGCUCAUAAGGCAAUCACAGUACACGGUGUACUAAAUGUACUCUUUGAACCUCGCAAAAAACUGUAAUGCCAUUUUGCGAU